GAAUUUGUAGCACCAUUCGAAAUGAAACGCGAGAGUAGAGUUGUUGAUGUAGAAGCUACCGAAUUACAGCCGGAACGAACACCUUUAAAUGUGGCGAGAAACAGGAAGAGAUUAGGUGCUUUAGAACUGAAGGAGCAGAAAGGUGAUUUAAAACCAUGUGUUCAUCCCUCCCUGAUUCCAGAUCACAUGGAACCUGCCCGAAAGGCUCAAACAACCACCGAUAUUGUUAACACCGAGGUCCUAGGUGCCAUGACACCGGAAGUAAAUCGUGCAACCAAACUUGCCAAUCGAACCCUGUCGAGCAUCAUCGCGAAGAGGCGGAACGCGAGAGAGGGGAUAGCGAGUCCCAUCGACCACAUGAUGGCCGAGCUGGACCUCGCCGUCGACGUCGGCGAUUACCAGCUACUUCCGGGCGGUCACUGGGUCCCCCUGAAAUGUCGACCUUUGUGGAAGGUAGCAGUCGUCGUGCCAUUUCGAAAUCGAGCGCAACAUUUACCCAUAUUCCUCCGGCAUACUAUUCGUCGAAUGAAGAGGCAACAACUGGAAUUUUCCAUCUUUGUCGCUGAACAGAAUAAUGACUUACUUUUCAACAAAGCCAUGAUGAUGAACAUUGGGUUUGUGGAGGCCCAGGAGUUCAAUGACUUCGACUGCGUGAUCUUCCAUGAUGUCGACCACCUCGCUCUGAAUGUCAGGAACUACUACGGAUGUGACAACAUGCCGAGACAUUUCGAAACCGGCGAACCGAAAUAUGAUUGGACGGUUAUGUACGACGAACUCUUCGGCGGGGCAGUUGGCGUGACAACCACGCAGUUCUACCAAAUUAAUGGAUUUUCCAACGUUUACUGGGGUUGGGGCGGUGAAGACGAUGAUUUCUACCACCGAGUUGUUGCCAGCGGAUUCGUCCCCUCCCGACCGGAAGGACCAAUCGGUUUCUUCGAUGCGUUAGACCAUCCCGAGGAGGACAUCAGGAAUAUAAACUUUGCAAAGUUCUGUCUUCGUGCUUAUUUCGCCGAACGGAUGGCAACGGACGGUCUAUCGAAUCUGAAGUACGAUCAACCAACGAUCGAGCUCCAUCCUCUUUAUACCAACAUUGCAGUCGAUAUCCGGAAGUUGCCGUGGAAUCCCAAAUGGACGAGGUGCGGUCUCUCCACGACGUUAGUAAUCGUGAUAACAACGGUGGUGAUGGUGAUAUCGAUAGCACUGAUCGCAAGGACGAUUUACAGGUAUCAGAGGGAACGGCAUCGCAAAAGAAACUUGCAUUUGAAAGUCAUGUCUAACCAGAAUGGAACAUACAAACAGCUAAUCAAUAGAUGGGACGUAAAGGAGGUGGUGUGAACACGUGUUACAAUACUACGCGUUUGAGUGGAUGCGACACAGCGUAGAGAUAACCAUUUCCUGUUCAGACCGAUGAGGGCGUGACGAGAAAUACUGUAAGAUUUUUUUCUGUUUUGAAACAAGAUGGAGCUAGGAAAUAGCCGACAUUGCAACUUGAAUACCUCUCCGUGUCUUUCUGAUAUAAAGUACAGAGCUUUGAAGGGCCAUCGACUUGAGAACAUGGCGUGAUAAUUUAUAUUACCAUGUCGACAUGGUAGGAUCCGAACAUAUCCCGCCAUGUUAACAUAUAACCUUUUAUAAGCCGACUUAGCGAAAUAACGUAUCUCGUCAUGUCAACAUGCAAUUUUUCAAAAUUCGACAUGGUAAAAUAAUAUAUCUCACCAUGCCAACAUAUAUGUAAAACUGUUUUUAAGUUGGCUAGGCUAGAUAAAUUAUGUCGACAUAUAAAGGUUAUUAAGUUGAAUCAACGAAAUAACGUAUCUCGUCAUGAUUAUCAAUAGCUUUUUAUAAGUCGAUUUGGCAAGAUAAUGGAUCUCGGCAUGUCAACAUUCAAUUUUUCAAAAUUCGAAUUGGCAAGAUAAGGUAUCUCGUCAUGUCUACAUAAUAAGGCUUUUAGGUCGACAUGAAAAGAAAAAAAAGCCAUGUCGAUAUGAUAAGAAUAUCGAGUCGGCAUCGUAAGAUAAAAUAAAUCGCCAUGUCGACAUAAUAAGGCUAUCAAGUUGACAUGGCUAGAUAAAGUUUAUCGCCAUCUCGUCAAGUCGAUGGCACUUUAAAGGCUCGAUAGAUAUUAAGACCAGGCCCCGGUCUUACGAAGAGUUGCAAUUGAUCCGAUCAACCUCAAAUCUAUGGAAAUCCAUCAUAAUUUUUCAUACAGGAUAUUUGAAAAAUGUCCUUUGUAAACAGAAAGAACACACAAAACUUUUAAGAAAACAAUGAAUUUAAGAGUUAUACAUCAUAUCUAGGAGUCAUUUUGAACAAACAUGCAUUUUAGAUGUUGGUGUUGCUGGCUUUCCAUAGUUGUGGUUGAUCUGAUCAAUCGCAACUCUUUGUAAGACGGGCCCCAGACCACUUCAGCUAAUAGUGUAAGGUUCACCUUGAUAUUAUGUUUGUUUUGGCUAUAGACGAACAAAUCGAGAGCAAUUUAAAUGAAGCUUAAAGUAGGUUCUACUUUGAGCAAAUGCUGCAUUUUCAGAUCUC